GAUGUGCGACGCAGUCUCAUGACGUUACCUAUACUGGGAGUUGGUUAAGUUUAUCAUUGGGUGGUUUCUAAACUAUUGUUAUAUAAUAUAAAAUCUAUAUAUUGGGCGGAGUGUUCUACGCAGUGAGUCGCAGUAUAGCAGUAAUGUGAAGUGCCCCCCCCCCGCUCUGAUGCCUCCAACCAUGGCUCAGAUCAGUGAUCCAAAGAUCGCCUUUGCCUACCUGCGCCCGGCCUGUGUGCUGCUGACCCGAGAGCCGUCCGUGACCAAUGUGGAGGCAGUGAGCGGUCAGUUAAAAGAAGUCAACGAUGCCACGUUGCAGCAGCUCCAAGAGUAUGUCCUCUUCCCUCUUCGCUUUGUCCUCAAAGUACCCGGGCCCAAGAAGGAAAAACUGGUGCAGGCUGUGGCUGAAGCCAUGAGCCACAUCCUGGAGAACACUUGCGUCCAGAGCUGGAAGACCCUCCACGACCUCCUCUCAGAGCUCUGCCUCUGCCUCUGCUCUCCAACCGAUCCUGGGAAACCUGCUGACACGUCAGAGGAGCUGAAAUUGGCCGUGCUGAGGUGCUUGGAUGCCUUGCUUCAUGCUGCUUAUGGUGAUAUAGUUUUCAAACUCUUUGAACCAAUCAUGUUGCCUGGACUGGGAGCAGCCAUAUCACUGCUACUGGCUUUAGGUGAGAAGGAGAAAUCCCGGGAUGUACAGGCAGCAGCGCUGAAGUGCCUCCAAGCUUUGAUUCUGCAGUGUGACUGUAGUCAGGUGCAUGUAGUCCCUUCCUUAGAAGAGCGACGUGCCAUCGGCAGCACCAUGGCUUCAUUCUUACCUGGGAUCACUACGGCUGUAGCUAGGAUCAUUACCGGAGAUCUGAGACAAGGCCACGCAGUCACGGUCAAGGCCAUCAAGGUUUUGUCCAGUGCUGUGGAGCUUGUGAUGGAAGACGUCCAGCUCCAGGCCAGUGAGCCCUGCAAGACUCCCUCACCAAACCUGGGUAAAAUCGCACAGCUGGUGGUCCAGCGAAAGCAAGACUGGUUAAAGAGCACGGCAGGGAAGCUUUCUGUGCUGCUGAAGAAGAUCAUCACCUGGACCUCAGCCCACCGGCACUGGAGGGUUCGCCUGGAGAUGGUGGAGCUGGCUGACCACCUGCUGGCCAGGUGUAGUCGGUCACUUGGAGAGUGCGUGGGGCCGCUGCUGGAAGCACUGGUGGGAGCAGUCAAUGACGAGGAGCCCAGAGUCAGAGAGAGGUGUGAGGUUGCUCUGAGAGAGGUAUCACAGAGGAAUCAGAGCAGCAGCAGCAGUGGGGAUGUUACCAGUGAACGCAGCAGCAUUCCGACCUUCACUGACGUGCUUUCAGAGAAUCUCCACUCCCUGGCCACCUCCCUGCCCAGACUGAUGAGGACCUCUGACGACCAGAAUAAACUGUUUGUCCUCAACGUGUUUCUGGGUUACUUAAAAGUCCUGGGACCACUCGUCUCUGUGGUGCUGAACUCGGCUGUACAUCUGGAGAGGAUUUCCAAAGCCUUGAUGCAGGUGCUGGAGCUGGAUGUGAUGGAUGUUUGCAUCGUAGAGGAAAGAAGUCACAGCUCCACCAUAGAAACAACUUCCACCUCCUCUGAUUGCUGCACUGCUCAAACACAGAGGAAGCAUUUCCUCUACUUCACUGAUGAGAUGAUCCUCUCUGUGCUCAUGGAGAUCUGUCGGACAUUAGGUUACUAUGGCAACAUUUACCUGCUGACUGAUCACUUUCUAGAUCUGUACCGCCAGUCGUUGGCAUACAGAAAGCAGGCCGCCAUGGUCCUGAAUGAGAUUGUCAGGGGCGCUGCAGGCAUCGGUGUGUUGACAGAGAGUCAGGGUCUGGAGGGUGAGGGUCACAGACGCUCUGCCAACAAGGAUGACCUGAAAGCAGCAGUGAUGUCGGUCAUGGAAGAAUACACCAGUCUGAACAACUGGCACUUGAUCACUGUCAGCGAGGAGACAGAUAGAGACCGACAGGACCAACAGCUGCUCAGCCCACCCAGAAUUCUAUCCAUAUCCAACAGUGACGUUAGCAACAUUAAUGCAAACUCUCUCCAAGUGAUCCCUUCCUCGUUUGGCUCCACAUCUCCCUCAUCGUCCACCUCCACAAUCCACCAGCUCAACAGCAACAUCUGGCAGCUCUGCAUCCAGCUCGAGGGCAUCGCCUGCUUUUCUCAGGCUCUGGGGCGUGACUUUCGUCCCCUGUUGAUGACAUCCCUGUACUCUGUGCUGGAGAAAGCUGGGGAGGAGACUCUGCUGGUCAGCCAGGCAGCGCUGGGCUCCAUGUGGGUUAUCAGCAGAGCCUGUGACUACCCCUCCCUGAAGGAGCUCAUCAAUGAAAACUCAGACUACCUGCUCAAUGACAUCUCCCUCAACCUGCAGAGGCUCCACCAGCAUCCACAGGCUCCACGGGUGUUGACAGUGAUGUUGACUCACUCUGACUGCAGCCUGCUGCCUCUGGUCGGGGACAUCGUUCAGGAUGUGCUGAUGGCUCUGGAUCUCAGCUACGACCACACGGGUGCACUUUUCUGCUCGGUGCUGCACGCGCUAAUGAAGGCACUGGCGAGGUGGUUUCCCUCCAGUUGUAAUACGACCAAUGAGUCUGCCAGACCCCAACAGACGUCCACUGACCAGGAAGACCUCGACAUCCGACAGUUCCUGCUGGAUUACCGCAAACAGAAAGAUCUGGCAGAGGGCAUUGGAAUAGAGGAGGACGAUACUGACGACCUCGAUGUUCCUCCUCCCACGGAGUGUGAGGACGUUGAAGAUAACGAUGGUCCCAACGUGAAAGCAGAGCUUCCCUCCCACCUCAGCAUCACUAAAGAUGUAAUGGAACGCUGCAUUCAUCUGCUGUCCGAUCCCAGCCUCAGGCUCCGACUCAAGGUGUUGGACGUGCUCGAGCUUUGUGUGUGUGUCCUGAGUGAGAAGGAAAAUGAGCUGCUGCCUAUGGCCCACCGCUGCUGGCCCGCCCUCCUCCAGAGACUGACAGCUGACGACCCGUUAGCGGUCCUCAGAGCCUUCAGGAUGCUGUGUACUCUGGGUGACAUGUGUGGCGACUUCCUGAGGAGGAGGGUUUCUAAGGAGGUUCUCCCAAAGCUGAGCUCCUCGCUGGUACGACAGGCUCCCAUCAGCGCUAAGGCCGGACCCGUCUACACACACACGGUGGCCUACAAACUGCAACUGGCUGUGCUGCAGGGGCUGGGCUCGCUGUGCCAGAGGCUGGACCUGGCUGAAGCAGAUCUGGAUGCAGUGUGCGACGCCUGUCUGCCCUACCUGAGCUGCAGACAACCCAUCCGACUGCAAGAGGCCUGUCUAAGCGUUUUCCGACACCUAAUCCAGGUGGACCCGGACACCUUCUGGUUUACUCUGAACGAGCUGCACUGCCCGUCCUCCUACACCCCGCCCCACCCCGACCUGCUGCCCAUAAAACUGAGCGGGAUGGGCCGGCCCAGAGACGAGUACUCGGACAAUGUGCUGAAGCUUCUGAGGGAGGAGUACGGCUCGGAUGCUGCGACAGUGGACCAGAGAAUCAGCUAAUGAGCUGGUGAUAGAUGUGAUGGACUCAUCUCGUAGAUGGACGCCUUUUUGAACCACUGACUCCAACACAUCAGUUGACUGAAUGGAAAUCUGACAAUCGUGCCAGAAAGAACAGCCAUCAGAGCUGUGAUAACCUCGGAGGUGAACACGGUUCUGAUAAGCAGUGCGAUAGAAAGGGAAAAUGUCAAUGAAGCAUCUCUGCUGCAGCGGGUGUAGAAAGCAGGAACACUUCUGACAGCUCCUCUGUAUUAGGAGACGAGCAGCACUCUGACAGUUCUUAUGAUUUUUUACUUCAUGUCAAGGCACUGACAUGUACUGUGGAUGCAAAUGUGUUUUCUAUUCCUUCUCAUGUUAUUUCUAGAUGUGCUGAAGAAAUGUCUCAUUCUCAGGUCCCUCGCUGAGUUGAAUUAUUCAGCCUCACGCUUCAGAGUGCACACAACUCAAAAUGUGUCUGUUGGAGUGAGAAUUAAAAAGCUGGCAUCAACUA